AAACAACAUUACACCAGUGUACUAAGCACAACUCAAGAACUCACAGAUACAUACACCUAUACAUACAAAUUCAAGAAAUAUAAAGACACAAGCUUUUUAUACAAACGGUGGAGACCGUGAUGGGAAGAGGGUCCCUACUAUAAUAACCCACAAGAUAUGAGAGAUUUUGGGUGUUAGAUCUCCUUUGUUUAUCAGGUUGCACUAUUUCUGACAGGGACAAGUGAGCAAUGGGUAAAUCACCAGGAAAAUGGAUUAAGACUGUGCUUUUUGGGAAGAAAUCUUCCAAGUCCAAUGCAGCAAAAGAUGUUACAAGCGGGAGAAAGAUUUCAUCUGUUGCUAGGGCACCAUCCAGUGAUUUGGUUGAGAAUCCUUCAGCUGUCUUAGAGACUGCUAUGCAGACCACUAACCCAAAUGGUGGUUUGCCAGAACGUGCGACAGAAGUUACCAGAGCUCCAACUUCUGAGGUUACUUUACUGUCUGGGGUGCAAGGUGCAGAUGAUCAAGGUACCAUGCCACUAAGCUCAGCAGACACUGAUGAACUAAAUAGGCAACACCAAGCUGCUACGAAGGCACAGGCAGCUUUCAGGGGAUACUUGGCGCGGAGGGCAUUCUGGGCCCUGAAGGGCAUCAUAAGGCUGCAAGCGCUUGUUCGCGGACAUUUGGUUAGAAGACAGGCUGUUGCAACUUUGCAAUGCAUGCAUGCAAUUGUUAAGUUUCAAGCACUUGUUCGAGGGCGUGCUGUCAGACUUUCUGAUGUUGGACGUGAAGUGCAAUAUAAGUUUGGAGAACCUGUGGGUAAACCACUCGACAUGCUUCGAGCAAAUACUUUUCCUGGGACACUGAAGGAAUCGAGCAAUCCUUUUGUUAGGAAGCUUCUAUCUUCGUCACCUACUGCAAUGCCCUUAAGUCUUCAGUAUGAUUUAGGAGAACCAAAUUCUGCAUGGAAGUGGCUUGAGCGUUGGUCCUCGUCUAGUUUUUGGGUACCACUCGCACGUCCAAACAAGAUUAUUGAUGCAAAACCUAAGAGAAAGCAGGCUGGUAUGCAAUCUGAUGAAGUAGAAGCAGUUAGGCCAAAAAGAAGUGUUCGCAAGAUCUCAGGAAUGAAUGGUGACAGUAGUAAAUUGCAUUCCUCAGAAUACGAAAAGCCCAAACGUAAUCCAAGGAAAUCUUUAGGCCAUCAGCCGGAAUCAGUGCAAGAGCCCCAAAAUGAACUUGAGAAAGUUAAACGUAAUUUAAGAAAAAUCUCCGCAACUGCUUUAGUGCCUACUGAUACUCCUGAAACUGUAAUUGAGAAACCGAUCAAUCCGAAAAAAACACACGGCUCCCCGAAGCAUGAUGCUUCCGAGCAGGUAGCUGAUCUUUCUUCUGAAAAGCCUAGUGAUAUAAAAGUAAGUGAUUCAUCUGUUGCAUUGCCUACACAGCCUGUGGCAGAAGCACCUUCAGAGUCAUUGGCAUUGGAUAAGCCAGUUGACGUGGUGUGUGAUAAUCUCUCUGCUGUUGAACUACAGCCUUUAGAAAAUAAUGAGAAGGUAGAAAACAGUCUGAAGGUUGACGAGGAUCAAACUUAUAAGGAAGAUCAAUCUAGCAAGGAAAGCCAGAAAAGGAGGAGGAGGAAAUCCAAUCCAGUGAAGGCGGAAUAUCCUGAGAGUGUGUCUCAGAACUCGCCCACCUUGCCAAGCUAUAUGCAAGCAACUGAAUCUGCGAAGGCAAAGCUUAGAGCACAAGAAGCCCAAAGAUUUGGUGAUGAAGAGGCUGAAAACGGUUUCACCAGAAGGCAUUCUCUGCCAGCCUCAACCAAUGUCAAACUUAGCACUCCAUCUCCUCGUAUGCAGAAGCCAUUACAAGCAAAUGGCAAGACCGCAAGCAAAAGUAACAGAUCUCUCACGUCUUCUAGAGAUGACAAGUUGCUCCAGAGUGGCUGGAGGAGGUGAGUGGCCGGCUUUAUAGUAGCACAGAAGGACUAUACUGCAGUUUGGUUCUUUAUAUAUUUUUCUUGUUAUAAGAAAUCUAUUGCAGAAGUAACUGAAUGUGAUCGGACGAUUGGUAACCGUUUGGUGUAUUUUUUUGUUGCUCUCUUUACAUUUAUCUGUCAUCUGGUGUUAUGUGGAAUGUAUAGUCAUGGACCUCCCCAGUUUGUAUUGAUUUUGUUUAACCUGUGUUUUCUUUUCAUCCCGAGUUUAGAGUUUGAUGUGAGCAUUGUAGUCCCCUCUCCGGUCAUGCCUAAACAUGUGAAAAACCUUGAUUAUUUACUUUUUGGGAAUGAUCCUGUUUUCGGAUGUACUUCAAUAUGAUUACAUAAUUUCUCUA